AUGCUGUUCGAUUCUUCUCAUAUACCGGAGGGAGCGUCACUGUCUUGGUGUGAUGCACUUACCAGUCGCCUUCUUCUUUCGAAGGGGGAUUCCGAUUCUGCGCUCAUUAAUCUCAGUGAGGCACCCAGGCCGCUUGGUGACCCCGUGGACUGUUUGCUGCUGCAGCUAACCUGUGAUGCGGGAAAGGUGAUGCGUACUGCUGCCGGCCACCGUGCGCACCGGAGUGGUGGACGUCGGAGUGUUGCAGCUAAUAAUGCGAAUACUGAACCCAGUGACGUUGCAACAUCUCCAUUUGACUUCCUUCUCUCACUGGGGGACGGCGGAUUUGGUGCUGUGAUGCUGGCGCAAAGUCGCCUUUACCCGACGCGAUUCUUUGCUGCAAAAAGCCUGACGCAGCUCUUUCUCCCUACCUCUUCGGCCCCGCAGGCGGCGGAUGGGGAAGCGUAUCAGCAGCAGCAAGUCAUGGAUACUUUGCGGUGA